AUGCCCAACAUCAGCUCUGUGAGCGAGUUUCUUCUCCUGGCAUUCGCAGACACGCGCGAGCUGCAGCUCCUGCACUUCGGGCUUUUCCUGGGCAUCUACCUGGCUGCCCUCCUGGGCAACGGCCUCAUCCUCACCGCCGUAGCCUGCGACCACCGCCUCCACACCCCCAUGUACUUCUUCCUCCUCAACCUCGCCCUCCUCGACCUGGGCUGCAUCUCCACCACUCUCCCCAAAGCCAUGGCCAAUUCCCUCUGGGACACAAGGACCAUCUCCUAUGAAGGAUGUGCUGCCCAGGUCUUCUUUUUUGUUUUCUUGAUUGGAGCGGAGUAUUGUCUUCUCACUGUCAUGGCCUACGACCGCUACGUUGCCAUCUGCAAGCCCCUGCACUACGGGACCCUCCUGGGCAGCAGAGCUUGUGCCAAGAUGGCAGCAGCUGCCUGGGGCAGUGGCUUUCUCACUGCUGUCCUGCACACAGCCAAUACAUUUUCCCUGCCCCUCUGCCAAGGCAAUGCUGUGGACCAGUUCUUCUGUGAAAUCCCCCAGAUCCUCAAGCUUUCCUGCUCAAAUGCCUACCUCAGGGAAGUUGGGGUUCUUAUAGUUAGUCUCUGUUUAGCAUUUGCAUGUUUUGUUUUCAUUUCAUUUUCUUAUGUGCGGAUCUUCAGGACAGUGCUGAGGAUGCCCUCUGAGCAGGGCCAGCACAAAGCCUUUUCCACGUGCCUCCCUCACCUAGCCAUUUUCUCUCUGACUCUCAGUACUGCCAUGGUUGCCUACCUGAAGCCCCCCUCCAACUUCUCCUCAUCGUUGGACCUGGUGGUGUCAUUUCUGUACUCGGUGGUGCCUCCAGCAGUGAACCCCCUCAUCUACAGCAUGACGAACCAGGAGCUCAAGGAUGCCUUGUGGAAACUCUUUGGAUGCAUGCUUCUUCAGCAUCAAUAA